AAAUGAAAAGAAUCGAAAAAUACUUGAACUGCAUCGGAAAGCGAGAAGAAGUUGUGUCAUUUUUUUAUUCAUGCAAAAUUGAAAAAGAAUAAAAUUAAAUUUUGAUUAUUAUCUAAUUAAUUCAAUAAACUAAAUCAUCGAAUCAUAACUCUAAAUAAUCUUUAACCAAUUUUUGUGCAGUUCAGUGAAAAAAUUAACGUAAAAACUCGCAAGAAAAAAAGUUCACGGGCGGCGACUGAACAAAAAGAAAGAAAAAGAAAAAACGGGGCAGACAAGAACAAAAAACGAAAAAGGAAAAAAUCGAAACCACACAUUUCGUGAGAAUUUUGCAAAUAUCUUAAAAUGGCAGCAAGCGACAAGGCCUUGGAUGAUUCCCUUUAUCCAAUUGCUGUUCUAAUUGACGAAUUAAAGAAUGAAGAUGUCCAGCUCCGGCUCAACUCCAUCAAAAAACUAUCAACCAUUGCCCUUGCUCUUGGAGAAGAACGCACUCGUUCUGAAUUGAUUCCUUUCUUGACUGAAACCAUUUACGAUGAAGAUGAAGUUUUGUUGGCUUUGGCCGAUCAGUUGGGAAACUUUACAAAUUUGGUUGGUGGUCCAGAAUUUGCCAUGUACUUGAUUCCACCACUAGAGAGCUUGGCAACCGUCGAAGAAACUGUUGUCCGUGAUAAGGCUGUCGAAUCGUUACGCACUGUUGCUGCCGAACAUAGUGCGGGCGAUUUGGAAAUUCAUGUUGUUCCAACUUUGCAACGUUUAGUUUCUGGUGAUUGGUUUACUUCACGUACGUCGGCUUGUGGUCUUUUCUCCGUUUGUUAUCCAAGAGUUUCGGCUCCAGUGAAGGCUGAGCUUCGUUUGAACUUCCGUAAAUUGUGCCAGGACGAGACACCAAUGGUGCGACGUGCUGCCGCCAAUAAAUUGGGAGAAUUCGCCAAAGUUGUUGAAAUUGAAUACUUGAAAUCGGAUCUCAUUCCAAAUUUUGUUCAAUUAGCUCAAGAUGAUCAGGAUUCAGUUCGUCUUCUUGCUGUUGAAGCUUGUGUAAGUAUUGCACAGCUGCUGCCCCAGGAGGAUGUUGAGCAUUUGGUCUUACCAACAUUGCGUCAAUGUGCAAGUGACUCAUCGUGGCGUGUCCGUUACAUGGUUGCAGAGAAGUUUGUUGACUUGCAAAAGGCUGUUGGCCCUGAGAUCACUCGUGUCGACUUAGUUCCGGCUUUCCAAUGCCUCUUGAAAGACGCCGAAGCUGAAGUUCGUGCUGCAGUUGCAACAAAAGUCAAGGAAUUCUGCUCGAAUUUGGAUAAGACAAACCAAGUCCAAAUCAUCAUGUCAUCGAUCUUACCCUAUGUCAAAGAAUUGGUAUCCGAUCCAAAUCCCCAUGUUAAAUCAGCUCUGGCCUCUGUCAUCAUGGGAUUGAGCCCAAUGUUGGGGGCUUACAACACAGUCGAGCAUUUGCUGCCAUUAUUCCUUGUCCAAUUGAAGGACGAAUGUCCAGAAGUGCGUUUAAAUAUUAUUUCAAAUUUGGAUUGUGUCAAUGAUGUUAUUGGAAUCCAACAAUUGUCUCAGUCACUUUUGCCAGCAAUUGUAGAAUUAGCCGAAGACUCAAAAUGGCGUGUUCGUUUGGCAAUUAUCGAAUACAUGCCAGCUCUAGCUGGACAAUUGGGACAAGAGUUCUUCGAUCAGAAAUUGCGUGGUCUUUGCAUGGGUUGGUUGAAUGAUCAUGUCUAUGCUAUCCGCGAAGCAGCCACCUUGAACAUGAAGAAGCUCGUCGAACAAUUUGGAGCUCAAUGGGCUGAACAGGCGAUUAUUCCAAUGAUCUUGGUUAUGUCAAGAAAUAAGAAUUAUUUACACAGAAUGACUUGUCUCUUCUGUCUCAACGUCCUGGCUGAAGUUUGUGGCACUGAAAUCACAACCAAACUCCUACUACCCACAGUCCUCAUCUUGGCCACAGAUCCAGUAGCCAAUGUACGAUUCAAUGUUGCAAAAACACUGCAGAAGAUUUCACCAUUCUUGGAGACGAGCGUCAUUGAGACACAAGUUAAGCCUGCUCUGGACAAAUUGAAUGCCGACAGUGAUGUGGAUGUAAAGCAUUUUGCUUCAGAAGCUAUUGCUGGUAUUGCUGCAGCGUAAUUACAUAACUAAUUAAUUUCCUUUUAAUUAUUAUUAUUUUUUUAUUUUUAAUCUUCGCAAGCGAAAUAAAUAAAUUUUGAAAUAAAAAUAAAAAAAAACAAAAGAAAACUUAAAAAAAGAGAAUAAAUCAAUUAACAGUGUUGUUUUUAACACGCUGUUGCCACAGCUAA